CCAUACAAUUUUUGGUCCGUAAUUUUGAAAGUUCCGCUUCGAAAUAAAGCAAGAUUACACCCUAAGGAUGCGGCAUUUAAUAUAUCUAGUCUGUGUACUACCUCUACUAGUAUUCAGCGUCCAUGGUCAAGGUUCCGAGCCAAAGAUAUCUAAAUCGAUCGACCAGGAGAGUAAGCCUGCAGGGGCUGAGGGGAAACUAAGUUGUCAUGUAUCGAAUAAAGAUUUUGCAGCGGUCAUCUGGCAAAAAGGUGAAGGAAAUGAUGCGCAAAUGAUCAGCAGGGACCAUCAGAUCAUCAAACGAAAUCCAGUCGACUCCUCAGGCGAACUCAAGUAUAUGAUAUACGUCGAAAGCGCCACAGCCUCUGAAACGGUCUACACACUUGGGGUGCGGAGACUGACGAUGGACGAUGGUGGCUCCUAUACAUGCAUGUUGAUGCUCCCCGGUGUGGACAAUGCAGAUUAUCCGAGGCAAACUGGUCAGCUCACUGUUCAGCUUCCACCCAAGAUUCAAACCUCUGAGACGACCACCCUUCUCGACAUCGUUGCUGGUGAAACUGCCGUCUUGAAAUGUGCAGCAUCGGGCGUCCCUGAGCCAAGGAUAUCGUGGUCUAGGGCAAAUGGUCUGGCGCUUGGUAAUGGAAAACUCACUGUUUAUGGUAACGAGUUAGUGAUCAAGAACGUCAACGACACGGCCCGUGGUGUUUACAAGUGCAAGGCAGACAAUAAUGUACGACCACCAGCAGCGACAGACAUCACUCUGCGAGUACGCUAUCCUCCACGCCUCAUUCCAUUCCGUUCGACCGUUGGACAGGCUGCUGAUAGAAAUUAUGACGUGGAGAUCUCGUGCAGGAUAUCAGGUGAUCCGAUGCCGGACCUCCAUUGGUAUAAGAAGGGCAACACAGGUGAACUGGAGAGGAUCAUGAACGACAACAAGCAUGAGAUCCACGUCAUUGAAAUGCAUCCGGGACAGCCGACGAUGGGAAUGUCGCGUUGGCUCAUCAUGAGGAUCUUUAACUUACAAUAUGGAGACUACGGAAACUACACGUGUCGUGGCAUAAACAUCUAUGGGAAAGGAGAUGGAAUCAUUACAUUAUACCGUACGUCAACGUGUCAAAACACAGGAACAAAGUGCUCGGUAGACUCACGCGGAGGUGCCACUGGUCUUUCUACAACGAUCACAACAGUACUGCUGCCUUUGGUGAUGAUUCCCUUCAUGCUGAGAUGAAAGUUGACAAUCAGUAUGGAUGUGUGAUGACUAUGUGUGACUAUACAUGCGCAGACAAUUAUAAGUCAAAAUGUGAGAAAGCGUGUUGAACAUUGCUGUGUGCUCACAUAUUAUUAGCAUCAGGGAUUAUGGAAAUUUUGAACUCCAGUCUUAGAUUUGAAAUGCGCUUAGACCUCAUGUCAUAUGUAGUAAAAACACUUAACUUCUCCACUAAGAUUUGAAAAGGAGUUGGCCCUGCUUACAAGGUUGAUCUCUUGUUUGCCUUUCCACGAGGUACGAUAUUUGGUGAAUUUUUCAGGAAUCUCUACGAAGACUCAAAAUUUGUCGCUGACAAUCUUUCAUCAAGAAUUGCACAUGUAGACUUAUCAAUUAUUAUGCAAGAAACAUGCUUUCAUGGCUCAGCGACCAUCGGGUUUGUGGGGACCAGUUGCCUGUAUGUACAUUCCAAGAAUCAGGUCCUUUUUGGCCUUAUGUGUUACGAGUAUCAGCAUGCUUUUGAUAUAUACUUAUAUUUAUUGCUGUACUAGGCCUACAUAUACAUACAUGUCUUCUUUAUACAUUCCAAUAUAUGUCCAAAUUUGAAUACAUUUGAUUAUUAAUCUACAUUGUACUAUGCACAGUAUAACUAAGCACACUUAGUAUUGCAUCAACAGUUGUCAUAAACGAUUUCGGAUACAGAUCAGCUGAUUGUUUACACAAUAUAGCAAAUGUACAUGUAUCGCAAUCCUGAUUCUGUGGCUCUCCCAGCCUUCCAAAGGUAGGGAGUUUGUCCUGAACAUCCUAUGUUGAUGAAAUCUCAUCCAAAACCUUUGUCCUGUCCAAUCAAUUGUAAUCUGUCCAGUGAAAUGUAAUUUCAAUGUCUGUGUGUUACCAAUGUAGUGUGAAUGUACUUGAAGUGUAAAAUUGAUUCAUAUAUGUUUAAUAAAAGUCUCUUUAA